UGCGCACGUCGCUACACUUCGUCGAGUAAAACACGCGGAAUUCGAAUAACACCGUAAACUUAAACCGUCAAACUCCUUGGAAUAUGUUUAUUAAUUCUUAAAUAUUAGAAAUAAUUUAGUUAAAUUGCUCUAGUGUUGAACCAGCGAUGGAAUAUUUAACAACAAUUUGAAAACUUUUUAGAUAAGGCAGUGGCAGUAUCAAGGAUUGCGUCUCAAUGUGUGGCCGAGGGCGGCGUCGCGCGGGGCAGCAUGCUUGCACAACUCCUACUACUUAGCACCGCCCUCGCGGCUGUCACCAGCGGCAAGCACGGAGGUGUUGACGCCCCAGAGUUCGGCGAGCCCCUCACCAACCUCACGGUCCCUAUCGGGCGUGACGCAACCUUCAAAUGUAUCGUCGUCAAUUUAGGCAAUUACCGGGUGGGCUGGGUGAAGGCGGACACAAAGGCGAUACAGGCAAUCCACGAGCACGUCAUCACGCACAACCACCGCGUCUCUGUGUCACAUAGCGACCACUUCACCUGGUACCUGCACAUAAAGAACGUGCAAGAGGAGGACCGUGGACAAUACAUGUGUCAGAUUAACACGGAUCCCAUGAAAAGUCAGAUGGGAUUCCUAGAAGUUGUGAUACCGCCUGAUUUCAUUCCUGAAGAGACGUCAGGUGACACCAUGGUACCGGAGGGAGGUACCGCGAGGGUGUCAUGCAAGGCGAGGGGGAUACCACCGCCACGGGUCAUGUGGAAACGAGAAGAUGGACAGGAAAUUGUUGUUAGAGAUCAAAACGGAUCAAAAACUAAAGUACUGUCUUUCCAAGGGGAGGUUUUAAAAUUGUCGAAAAUUUCCCGAUCUGAAAUGGGGACAUACUUAUGCAUUGCAAGCAACGGAGUCCCGCCUACGGUUAGCAAGAGGAUUCAUAUCAGCGUACAUUUUCAUCCAGUAAUCCAGGUGCCCAAUCAGCUCGUAGGCGCACCGCUGGGCACUGACGUCACUCUUGAAUGUUACGUUGAGUCCUCACCUAAGUCUAUCAAUUACUGGGUUAAGGAUCCAGGUGAGCUGAUAAUACCAUCUGAGCACCACGAGAUGACGGUGCGACAGAAGUCCAUGUUCGAAGCGGAAAUGUCUAUGACCAUUAAAAAUAUACGCCGUGAAGAUUUAGGCAGUUAUAUUUGCGUGGCUAAAAAUUCUCUCGGUGAUGUUGAAAGCAAGAUUCGAUUAUAUGAAAUACCGGGAAACGACAGACAUGUGUACCAAUAUCCGGAUGAAAGAACAACAUCAGAUGACGAAUAUGGAACGGAAAUAUACGACGACGAAGACAUUCCGAAUAACAACGACAAUGAGAAAAGCAAUCGAGUGCCCGACCGCGCCAACAAAUGGUACUCGAACGAUGGCAAAAUUGUUAUAACUACUCCUAAUGGUGCGUCUACUACGUUAACCGCAACAUUAACUCUAAGUAUGGUCUUCCUACUUCCUACGUUUAUUUGAACGACUAUCCGAUAAAAUAACAAACUGAAAUUAACAUUAAUUAUAACUACUACAUUAAGUACUCCAAGACAUAAAAUUACGAUUUGUAAUUAAGAUUCUCACGUGUCUUAUAAACCAAAACUUGAAGACUCAACUCAAAUUCUUUGCUAUGUCAAUAUCCCGCAUCAACAUGCAUUUCGUGUUCAUCUCGCCUAUACCUCUAACCCAAGGAACCCAAUGAUGGAACGAAAGAUAUUGCUAUCUCUAUUUUUUUAAAAGAAACAAGCGGGAUGCUCCAUAUUUUUAGUUAGAUGUUUCGGUGGAAAAACGCUUAGAGGAGAAGGCUAGAUUUACAGGAUUGCACACUGGUCGUAAUUUAUGUCAACGUUAACACUUUGCUUCAUUUUAUUUGUGUUAAGAUAAGGUUCGAAUUCUAAAUGAUUAAUCUUCAAAUUUUGAUCUAAG